UCAACCAACAUGGCUGCCCAGCCUGAUCGAGAAAAACACAGCAUAUGCAUGGUUUCCGAUUUCUUUUACCCAAACAUGGGCGGAGUAGAGAGUCACAUUUAUCAGCUGGCUCAGUAUCUCAUUGAGCGAGGACAUAAGGUCGUGAUUGUAACACAUGCCUAUGGCGAGCGAAGUGGAAUACGUUAUUUAACAAACUACCUCAAGGUCUAUUAUUUACCUUUUGGUCCAUUUCACAAUCAGUGUGUACUGCCAACUCUGUACACAACAAUUCCAUUGAUGAGAUGUGUGUUUCUGCGAGAGAAGAUAACUAUAGUUCAUGGACAUUCUGCCUUUUCUACUCUUUGUCAUGAUGCUCUUCUUCAUGCUCGCACCAUGGGACUUCGUACAUUAUUCACUGACCAUUCUCUGUUUGGUUUUGCGGAUGCUAGUUCUAUCAUAACCAAUAAGUUUUUACAGUUUUCCUUGGCAGACAUUGAUCAUGUGAUCUGUGUUUCACAUACAAGUAAGGAGAACACUGUGUUGCGAGCAUCAAUGAAGCCUGACAUGGUAUCAGUGAUUCCUAAUGCUGUAGAUGCCAAUGUAUUUACACCUGAUGUUUCAAAGAAAAUUCCAGGAAAAAUCACCAUUGUGGUAGUAAGUCGGUUGGUGUAUAGAAAGGGUAUGGAUUUGUUGGCUGGAAUACUCCCCAUCAUGUGCACCAAUCAUUUAGAUGUCCAGUUUAUUAUUGGUGGUGAUGGCCCAAAAAGAGCUCUCCUAGAGGAUGUUUGUGAACAGUGUAAACUCCAAGAAAGAGUCAAGUUUUUAGGAAAAUUAAAACAUGAGAAAGUUAGGGAUGUGCUCACUCAAGGUGACAUAUUUCUCAAUACAUCAUUAACAGAAGCAUUCUGCAUUGCUAUUGUUGAAGCAGCUAGCUGUGGGCUCCAAGUGGUCAGCACCAGAGUGGGUGGGGUCCCUGAGGUACUACCAGAUGACAUGAUAAAACUUGCUGAGCCAAGUGUGAAAUCUCUCGUGGCAGCUUUGGAAAGCGCUGUAGAAGCUGCAAGAAACAAUACAUUUGUAGCGCCAAACGUAGCCCAUGAACGAAUAAGGACAAUGUAUACAUGGCAGAAUGUAGCUCGACGAACAGAAAGAGUCUAUGACUUGGUUAGCACAGUACCUCGUGUUUCAUUUGACGAGCGACUCAAAAGCUUGUACCACUGCGGCCGUGUGGCAGGAAAAAUUUUCUGCAUUUUAGCAGUAAUUGAUCUGUUUUUACUGUGGCUUCUCGAAUGGUUUUUUCCGAGAAAGAAUAUAGAUAUGGCACCCUCUUAUCAAGAACAGAAAGACAAAUGGAAUUCCAGAGACGAAAUCAUAACAUCUGGUCAAACAGCGUCAGUGAUCGACAAGAAAAGACAAAUCGAUUGUUCUCUCGUGAGAUGACAUUUGCAAAACGUACGCGAUGCGAAAUUACAAGGAAGUGUUAUGUUAAAGCUUGAGAUUAACAUUGAGGGGCAAAUAUAAAAUAAAUAUUUGAAAUAUUA